AUGGAGUAUUAUGAGAAAGGUAAACAGAUAUUACUAGAUUUAAUAGAAAAAGGGCCCAGAGCAAUAUUUGAGAGACUAUUCGGGAAAGAAACACACAUUUUGUUUUUAGGGAUUGAUAAUGCAGGUAAAACAACCCUUCUGCUAAGGCUUAAAACAGACACCGUGCACACUGUAGCACCGACUCAGUCUGUCAGAGAAGAAACUCUUCAAAUAGGAAAUAUGAAAGUGACAAUAAACGACUUAGGAGGGCACGAGGCAGCAAGGCUGGGGUGGAGCAUGUACUUUAUGCACUCACAAGGGAUAAUAUUCCUAAUAGACAUAACCGACUUUGACAGAUAUGCAAUAGUAGCAAAGACAUAUGCCCAGCUAUUCUAUACUAUGGAGAAGUCAGGGAAAAAGUCUCUUCCAGUUGCCGUGCUGUUCAACAAGACAGACAUGUGGAAGAAAGUAUGGUCUACGCGCCAUCCAAAUGAGCCAGCGCCUGUUCUAGAUGAGAUGUAUCUUAAUCAUUUAUGCAACACACUUGGUAUAGUUGUAGGAGAGGGAGAGAAUGGAAGAAGAGUUUCUGCUAAUUAUUGCUGUGUAGUGACAGACUCUAUUUCAACCCCAAAUAAUGGGUUUAUGCUUGCUUUUAAAUGGCUAGAUAUGAUGAUUAGGGCAGAGAAAUAA